AUGGCCAGCCAUAAUGCCCUACUGAGUGGUAUAGAUCUGCAGUGCUAUGAGAAUAACCAUUCUCACCGCACUGAGGAGAUGGACAUGGUGCGACUGCUGGUGCGCAGAGGUCAGCCAUUCUCUGUAGUACUGCAGUGUACUGACCACAUCCCACGGCUCCCAGACCACCAACUCAACCUCAUACUACACCUGGGUAAGAAUAAUGAGGUGGUCUUGAAGGUGUCAGACUCACAGCAGGAUCAUGGGAAAUGGUGGUUCAGUCAGUGUAAUGCUCAGGGUGAGGUGAUGCUGACUCUCCACAGCCCUGCUGAUGCUCCUGUGGGUCUGUACAGCAUGACUGUAGUUCUGCUUUCAGCUGAUGGGCAGAUCCUGGAGCAAACCAAGUCUCAGACCUUCUACCUGCUUUUCAAUCCUUGGUGCAAAGAUGACUCUGUGUACCUUCCCAGUGAGGAACUGCUGCAGGAGUACAUUUUAAAUGAAAAUGGGAUCUUGUACCAGGGCUCAUGGGAUGAUAUCACCACUGUGCCUUGGAACUUUGGACAGUUUGAAAAAGAUGUAGUGGAUAUUUGCUUUGAAGUGCUGGACAAUUCACCCGCAGCCCUGAAAAAUUCAGAGAUGGACAUUGCUAACAGAGGAAGCCCUGUUUAUGUUAGCAGGACUAUUACUGCCAUGGUGAAUGCUAAUGAUGAUCGCGGUGUGGUAUCUGGCCGCUGGGAUGGAGAGUACAGUGAUGGGGUAGCGCCCACACGGUGGACUGGCAGUGUGCCCAUCCUGAGGCGCUGGAGUGAGGGUGGAGGACAGAAAGUGCGCUAUGGGCAGUGCUGGGUGUUCACAGGAGUGGCCUGUACAGUCCUCCGCUGUCUUGGCAUUCCAACCAGAUGCAUCACAAAUUACUCAUCUGCCCAUGACACUGAUGCAAACAUUUCUGUGGAUUACUAUUUCAAUGAUCAACUUGAAAGUGUGUCUGAAGGCAGGAAGGACUCUAUCUGGAAUUACCACUGUUGGGUUGAGUCCUGGAUGAAACGUGAUGACCUCCCAGAAGGUUAUGAUGGAUGGCAGGUGCUAGACCCUACUCCUCAAGAAAGGAGUGAUGGAGUCUUCUGCUGUGGGCCUUGUCCAGUCAAUGCGGUCAAGGAGGGAGAAGUGGGGUUGAAAUACGACACCCCAUUUGUGUUUUCUGAGGUGAAUGCUGAUCUGGUUGUCUGGAUUGUUCACCCAGAUGGGGAACGGAUUCAGGUGUCCCAAAACAGUAAAGUUAUAGGGCGGAACAUUAGCACUAAAAGUGUGUAUGGAGACUUCACAGAGGACAUUACUGCUAACUACAAAUAUCCUGAAGGAUCAAUGAAGGAGCGAGAGGUUUAUAAAAAGGCGGGCAGACAAGUAGGCCAAAAGAACGAAGGCCCAGGACAGCUCGAGCUUUUCAUCAAGCAUGCCCCAGCUAUCCACGGGACAGACUUUGAUGUGAUCAUAGAGGUGUAUAAUGCUGGUAGGGAGGACACAGAUGCACAGCUUAUAGUCACAUCGAAUGCAAUAACCUACAAUAGUAUCCACCGCGGAGAGUGCCAGAGAAAGACAACCUCUCUCACAGUGCCAGCUCACAAAGCUCAUAAAGAAGUAUUGCGACUUCAGUAUGACCAUUAUGGGGCAUGUGUGUCUGAACAUCACAUGAUAAGGGUCACAGCCCUCCUCCAACCCACUGAUCAAGACAACAUCAUCCUACAAGAAAUCAACAUCCCCUUGAAAAUGCCAGCGCUUCAUAUCAAGAUUAUUGAAAAAGCGAUUGUAUCACGUAAACUGACAGCACACAUCUCCUUCACCAAUCCCUUGCCUGUUAGUCUACAAGGAGGUGUGUUUACCGUGGAGGGAGCAGGACUAACAGAGGCAAAAGAAAUAAAAACACAUGGUAAGAUUGAACCUGGUCAGGCUGUGACAGUUAAAUUCUCCUUCAAGCCCACCCGUGCUGGCCUGAGAAAACUGCUUGUCGACUUUGACUCAGACAUACUGAGAGAUGUAAAAGGAGAAGCCACUGUUAUUGUUCGGACAAAAAUGCAAAAUAGGAACGCUGUCACAGAAAUCUAG